AUGGCGACCCUGGUGGGGCUCUUCAUGAGAUACUAUUUGUCUUCGCUGCUGGUGGACUGGGAGGCGGAGGCCGACCCGGCAUACGGUGACUAUGCCGUGCUCCCCAUCCUCGCUGCCUUCUUCCCUGCCCUGGGCUUCCUCCUCGACCGAUUCCUCUUCGAGGAAUUAGCAAGAAGGCUUAUAUUUGGAAAAGGAUAUGGAAAUCUUACUGACACAGAUGAAAGGAUAAAAAAAAUCGAUAAAUUUAAAGAGUCGACAUGGAAAUUUGUUUAUUAUCUUUCUGCAGAAUUGCUUACAUUAUCUGCUACAUACAAUGAGCCAUGGUUUACAUGUACCAGAUGCUUCUGGGUAGGGCCUGGCGAUCUGUUAUGGCCUGAUCAAAAGAUAAAACUGAAGCUUAAGGUUGUACACAUGUAUGCCACCGGAUUUAACAUAUAUUCAAUCUUUGCUCUUUUGUUCUGGGAAACGAGACGCAAGGACUUCGGAAUCAUGAUGAUCAAUCCGAUGAUCUCAUGUAUUAUUUCAGUUAUGAAGUACUUAUGA